AUGACAGGUGGACAAUAUCUGCGACGUGGUACGACUAGCGGAAGGCGCUCGAUUGUAUCAACUACAGCAGCAGCAGCAGUGAGGCCUCCAAGUGGUCGAAAGAGUGUGUUAUUAGACGGCAACAAUGCACUCUAUCAUUUUUACGAUCCAUUGUCAACCGUCGAGCAUAAUGGAAUUCAAACGAGUGCAGUGGAUGGACUGAUGCGACUAUUGCGAAGAAUGGACAAAGUACAUGCGCCUCAGCACAUUUCCGUCGUGUUUGACUCGAAACAGCGUCUCACUACUCGAGGAAUUUUACAACCAAGCUACAAGAGAGACCGAGCUCCGACGCCACGUUCACUGGUAUCACAGUUUGCAUACGCCAAGAAGAUCUUGGAAAUGGCCAAAGUGAAUUGUAUUGAGUGUCCGGGACUAGAGGCAGAUGACAUCAUUGCCUCUUACUCGACUCAGUACACAGCCGUAGGGUUUGACGUGCUGCUCGUUUCCAAUGAUAAUGACUUCUUACAGCUUGUGCAGGGCGGUGACAGUGCCAACCUGUCUGCUACAUCUCCUGUGGUGGAACUCUACCAACCAUCCAAACGCCGGUACGUCCGCGAGCGAAAUAUAAGAGCGAGGUUUGGAUUGCAUCCCAAGUUGCUUCCUGAUUUCCACGCACUUUGUGGUCACAAAUGGAAAAAACUUCCGAGGGUGGACAACUUGGCCGAUGACGUGGCGGUACAGUUGCUUACCCAGUAUGGCGGACUCUAUCCGUUGUUGCGCCAUCUAGACGAACUCGACGAUUCAAUACUGUGCAAUACAUUAAAGCGGUGCAUCACCUCUAUUGAAUCCUCCUACCGGAUGGUCAAACUUGUCGACUCGGUCACUUUGCCCGUAGCGAUCGAGAAAUUGCAUCAACCCCAGUUCAAAUAG